CACAGUGUCUCCUGACUCCAGUAUUUAUGCUGCAGUAGUUUGUGUUGGGGGGCUAGGGUCAGUCUGUUAUAUCUGGAGUAUUUCUCCUGUCUUAUCCGGUGUCCUGUGUGAAUUUAAGUAUGCUCUCUCUAAUUCUCUCUUUCUCUCUUUCUUUCUUUCUCUCUCUCGGAGGACCUAAGCCCUAGGACCAUGCCUCAGGACUACCUAGCAUGAUGACUCCUUGCUGUCCCCAGUCCACCUGGCCAUGCUGCUGCUCCAGUUUCAACUGUUCUGCCUGCGUCUAUGGAACCCUGACCUGUUCACCGGACGUGCUACCUGUCACAGACCUGCUGUUUUCAACUCUCUAGAGACAGCAGGAGCGGUAGAGAUACUCUUAAUGAUCGGCUAUGAAAAGCCAACUGACAUUUACUCCUGAGGUGCUGACUUGUUGCACCCUCGACAACUACUGUGAUUAUUAUUAUUUGACCAUGCUAGUCAUUUCUGAACAUUUGAACAUCUUGGCCAUGUUCUGUUAUAAUCUCCACCCGGCACAGCCAGAAGAGGACUGGCCACCCCUCAUAGCCUGGUUCCUCUCUAGGUUUCUUCCUAGGUUUUGGCCUUUCUAGGGAGUUUUUCCAAGCCACCGUGCUUCUACACCUGCAUUGCUUGCUGUUUGGGGUUUUAGGCUAGGUUUCUGUGCAGCACUUUGAGAUAUCAGCUGAUGUAAGAAGGGCUAUAUAAAUACGUUUGAUUUGAUUUUUAAUUAUUCAAUCAAUUUUAGAAUAAGGAUGUAAUGUAACAAAAUGUGGAAAAGGUCAAGGUGUCUGAAUACUUUGCAAAGUCACUGUAUGUGGGUCAGAAGUAUGUGGCCCCAUGUUGAAAAACCUCAGAUUGAAACUGCUGUACUUACACUAAAACAUGGCAGCUAAUGCAACACAUAGGUGUGUCUGCUUAAAGGCUGUUGUGUGUUUGUGUCACAACACCACCACUCUGUGGUAUUAAUCACCCCAGACGACAUCCCAGAUGUGUCAUGUGGGGGUCAAAGCCCCCCAAAGUAAUCUGUUGGGUAGACGACCUACCUCAGUUGACUCUCUUGUAACCUUCUGCUCUACCAGCAAGCUUAACUAUGCCAAUAAUCACUAUGCUAGAAGGUGAAACUGUGACACACACUCAAACAAACUCUUAAGCACUCACUCAUGCAAGUGUGACUGAUAAGGGGACUGUUACAUGGGUGGACCUUGCUCUCUGUAGAGAUAGAUGUAUAUGGGUGAGUGAAGCUACAUUUGGUUUCACCUGAAGGUGGAGUCCCUCUAUUUACUAGGUCUGAUUCAACAGGAAAUUAACCUUGGAUCCAUUUUAGUCAUCGCUCUGAGAGUCUUCAACAAGCAGGGAAUAUUAGCAUGACUGUUACCUGGGCAACAUGGCCAGUGUUUUCUUCACGUUGCUUUUACUCUAUGCAACAGGAGUCUCAGGAGUCCCUCAGCUGGAGCCCCUGAAUGUGACUGUGCUGCGGGGCUCAGAGGCUCGGUUUAACAUCAGCCUGUCUGAGGAAUGGUACUCCAUGUCAUGGAUGCUUAAAACUGUUUUGGUCCUCACCAUCAACAGUGGCACCGGUGUGUCUGAGCACAACCGUCGUUUCGCCGUUACAAAUUACUCCAGCGCCGACAUAUACUGCUGGGAGUUCAUCAUCCGGGACGUCUGGAGGAACGACACUGGUGACGUCAGCUGUGGCGUCCAGGAAAAGCCGACCCAGACCGCUCAGCUCUUUGUCCAAGAGAGCGGCACAGUAAGGAUUGUGGGAGGUAACAUGACAGUGGCCCAGGGCCACCAGGCCAUCUUCCGGUGUGAGGCCUCUGGUUGGUUCCCUAAGCCCACAGUGAGCUGGGUGGUGGAUGGGGUCGUGGUGGACCAGAACAGCUACAACAGUAGCAGUGAGGCCCUGGACGGUCUGUAUAACUCCAUCAGCCUCCUGACUGUCCGUGGGGUCAACAGUGUCCAAGUGAAGUGCCUGGCCAGCGUAUCUGCCCUGACCACCCCACUGUCCAGCUCCUUCUACCUGGUGGUUGAGCCCCAUGACUGGACUGUGCUCAUCGCUGUCGUUUGUUCCAUCGGUGGCUUCGCUCUGCUGGUGCUGCUCAUCCUUGGAAUCGUCUUCUGCUGCAAACGCAGAAAAGAAGCAAAAUCCAGCUACCAGAAGGAAAUGGGGAGAACAGGGUCCCAGAUCCAGAUGAGUGGUGGUGCAGUGGGACAGAAACAGGGCAAGGAAAACCCUGCAUACGUGAUAGACGGCCAAACAACAGGUGUCACCCACAGUGAAUUCAACGACAGUGGUUACAUCCAGACUAACUAUACAAAACAUUUUGAGAUUCCUGAUCUUGUCAACGGUAACCAGGCAGCAAAUGGCCAUGCCAGUGCAUACAACAUCCUGGGUGGAACUGGUGUCAGGAAACACAGACAUGUUACUAUUGUGUGAAGGAAUUGUACAAUCUUACUCAUAUACAGCAGAAUCAAGCUGUAAAAUAUGUCAAAUGUUCUCUAAAUGUUUUAAUGUUUCCCUUCUCUGCUCUUCAUGUUUUUAUUUUGGAAACUUCCCCAACUUUUGAAACAAAGUGGUUCCUCUAUUUUGGAACUAAGCCUCGAAGGGUUUGCUUGUAGGGCAACCUACCAGGCCAAAUAAUGUCAAAACACAUCUAUAUCAACUAAGGGCAGGAGCAUAUGAUGCCAACCAAACAAAUUCUCCUUGAGUUUUAGGAGAACAUCAGAGGGGUAAAGGACACAAUCUGCUUUUUAAAUUUCUGUAUGGGGAGCAGUGUAAACUUGAAAAACCAGGUUGACCAAUUGAGGUCGAAAGAUCUCUUUUACAAGGGAGACCUGGAGGGGGCCAAUGUUUAUUAAGUACAUGGAAGAUAAAUAAUUGUCACACUGGGCAAGCUAUGCAUUUCCAUAUGGUUUUAUAUAAUGGCAAACUGGGUGUAAAUUAGUCCAUAAGCACGCACCCAAAUUCUCUUUGACAGUAAGGUUCGGACAUGCAAGGUAAAUGUGAUGGAAACUCCGACAAACUGAUUGAUGCACCAAGGCCUGCCUCUCAAUACUCCGUCAUGAGCACAGGGCUCCAUAACUCUGUUAGGUUAAGAGCUUGUCCCCCCACAGCCCCAGCACCGCCACAUUUCUAUCUACUGUACCAGCUAGCAUUGUGGUGGGCCUCAUAAAUUCAGCAUGAUUGAACCAGAGGUUUAUGACAGUGAGCUGAAGUGCUCAGAGAGAAUCCUCCACAUUCCCUUCAGCCCAUAAGAAGGUGUCUGAGUCUGUUGGAACUCUCACUGCUCCAGCCAUUCAGGUUUAGGCCUAUAUCAAUGUUCAAAUGUAUUCUCUUCUGGAAUGUUACCCCAUAGGUCUAUUUUGUUAAUGGCGUGUAUGCAAUGUGAUUCGGUAGACAUAUUGAGAAGCGCAAUUACCCGAGACUAGGGUGGCAAAAUUAUGGUAACUUUCCAGAAAUGUCCAGGUUUUCUAGAAAUCCAGGAAGGCGGAUUCCAUUUCCUGCUUAUUCCCUCUUAAUUUCAGCAAUCAUCCGGAAAACCAGGGAAUGUAUUUCAACCCUACCCGAAACAAAGUUUUGUCAUACUCCAAAAACAUGAUGGUGUAGCAAUUUCCUAUAAGAGUCUUCCAUCAUUAUCAUAGUGUAAUAACUACAUAAUCAUGGGCCUUUUUGUUCAAACAAAACUUAAUCAUAAUAAAUCAAUUCUAUAUUUAUAAUAAAAAUGACAACAAUUCCAUAUGAGUGACCUCCAUUCCAUUUAACAAUUGUUUAUUGUAAUAUGCAACAUCUUGUAAUUGUGAGGAAGGGAUUUACCAGAUGAAGUAUGUCAAAUUGUUUUGACCAGGUCAA